ACACUAUUUGCUGCUACUUUUGUAUUUGAUGUUGAGAAUGCGGAUUUAUAUGGGUAGAAAAAAAAAUCUCAUAAAGGUUCACACAGUACGCAUGUUCCACAGUUUGACAGUGAAGUAGGCAGGAACAGUACUUUGGAGCAUUGGCUCAGAUUAUUUCUCUGCCAACUGUGGAAUAGUAAUUUGGUUUGACAUAUGGCUUCAUUCAUUCUUAUUCUCUUACCAUGUAUUUUGCUACAGACCUUCGCAGCCCCAGGUUCAGUGUUCCUCGAUGGGGAGAAAGCAGACAGUAUAUUGUGGAGACGCAGGCGGGCAAAUGCAGGAUGGUUUGAGGAGUUGCUGAAGGGGAAUGUGCAGAGAGAGUGUAUAGAAGAGAAGUGUGACUUUGAGGAGGCCAGAGAAGUCUUUGAAAAUGAUGAAAAGACAAUGGAGUUUUGGGUGAGUUAUAUUGAUGGGGACCAGUGUAAAUCGGCACCUUGUCAGAACCGAGGCACCUGUGCUGACCAGAUGGGCACAUACACCUGUAACUGCCUGCCAGGAUUUGUUGGCAAAAACUGUGAAAUAGUGACUGCCAGACAGUGUGCUGUUGAUAACGGUGGCUGUGAGCAUUUUUGUGUGCUGCUGGAGAACCAUAGGACAGAGUGUCAGUGUGUAUCUGGAUACAAACUCAUGGAAGAUGGGCUCGCAUGUGAACCGAUAGUGAAGUUCCCAUGUGGCAAAGUCAGCAAAACAGCUUCAAGAUCUUUUGUCAGUGGCUUCACUUCCACAGUCAACUCACAGUCUUCCAAAAGGACAAACACAUCAACAUCCACCAUACCCAAAACAGAGAAUCGGACCACUACCUCAGCUUCUAAACAGAAAGAAACCAAAAUCCUGUCCUCUCGCACUAAACUCCCUAAAUGGGUAUUUGAUGAGUAUUUGAUGUCUCCUAUCCCAACAGUUAGUGGACCAAAGAGCCGAAUUGUUGGCGGCAAUUCUGCCUUACCAGGAGAAAUCCCUUGGCAGGUGGCGCUGGUGGCUCGCUCAACACAGCAAGUGUUCUGUGGAGGCUCCAUUCUGAGUCCGUUAUGGGUCAUUACAGCAGCCCACUGUCUGGAGGGGAACAAGAAUGGAUCUUUCUUCGUCAGAGUAGGGGAGCAUGACAUUUACAAGACUGAAGGCACCGAACAGAAUUUGGAAGUCAACCGUUCCAUUUCACAUCCUCGUUAUAACCCUAAAUUAGGCCUCUACAAUCAUGAUGUUGCCCUGUUGCGGCUACGCACACCCAUCCGCUUCACUGAAAUGGUGUGGCCUAUAUGUCUGGGGCCCAUGGGCUUCUCAAACUCCCUGCUCCAGUCUGGAGCUCUGGCCACUGUCAGCGGCUGGGGCCGGCUGAACUACCAAGGACGAACUGCGAUGACUCUACAAAAGGUUGAGUUGCCCUAUGUGGACAGAACAGUAUGUAAGGAAAGCAGUAGUGACCUAAUUACACACUUUAUGUUCUGUGCUGGCUACUCUAAUACUCCUAAGGAUUCGUGUCAGGGGGACAGUGGGGGGCCCCAUGCCAUGCGUUACCACAACAUCUGGUUCCUAACUGGUAUUAUCAGCUGGGGAGAAGAAUGUGCCAAGAAAGGGAAGUAUGGUGUGUACACACAAGUCGGUAACUAUUACCGUUGGAUACAGCAUUUGAUGGGUGUUACUAAAGGAGCACUACUUACUAAUGUGGACCAGUGACAUCAAGGUUGUGGAUCUUGAAUUCAUGACAUUGUAAUGUCACAUUACACUGUGUUAUAGUAUGUCAGCAUAUUCUGUGAUAAUCAAACUUGAGAAAUAUUUGAUAAAAGUUAUCUGUGCACAUGGAAAAUGUAACAUUCAAACUAUUAAAAUUUUGAUGGUUAAUAAAGUUUAUGUUUUUUGAGCACCACC